GAGCCGAGAAAAAACAUGNAGGUCCGCAGAGAGCGAGAGAUUGCCGAAGCUGAACGUGAGAAGUUGGAGUCUGGAGGCAAGCGGACAGUUGAAUUCCGGCGUCGAAGUUACGGUGGAAAACUCGGAACAGCUGGCUCUCGCUCCGUCAAGCGGAGUGCAGCGCGAAGACAGUCUGAUCCUGGAGUUAGGAAUACUCCGAUCGGAGCCGAGAAAAAACAUGCAAGAAACCUUGUAGGCGUGCGGAGUGCGGUUGGUUCACAAACAACCCGGGUCUCGAAUGCAGCGUGUGCCCCUCAGGCGUAGUGCACGCCGUCAGUGACAAGCUAUGCUCCGCAUGCCGUCGGAGGGCUUAGCUGGCUCCACGCACCUCAGAGGGCCACGGCUUGAACAAGCGACACGGUUGUUUUUGGCCGAGUACCAAGCAGGAGAGGGGGAGCUGCCUUUACCUUUCGUGCGAGGAUUUUGUCCCAGCAACGACUGCAUUUGCCAACGCCGAGAUUUUUUCUAUGGUUUUCUUCUCGAGAGGGAAGCAAAGCCGGAGCUCCGAUGUAGCGUGUGCAAGAGAGGGUACUCUGUGAAGGACCAGAAGAGGUGGUACAGUGUGGACGUCGUGGACGAUAACAUAACGGAGGGUGGUGGAUCAGGACGCACGCAAGCUUGGUACUGCCAGGCCUGCAAUCAAGAUCGAAUCCGGGCCAUCGGAGAAGCUACUCAAAAAAAGGUUGCGACAUCGAGCAACUCGGGCCGACCUAAAGUCGAUGAACCGGCGCCGGAGAAGCCGUUCAGCCGGUUGCGCGCGUUGGUGAUUACAGCCGUAGCUCGCGGGGACAUCCUUUACUGGGAGGAUGUGUUCGACUGGCUCUCAGCUGAGCGCGCAAAGGAUGGUGACCACGAACUUGAGCGUAGGAGCGGGCGGAAAGCCGUGCGCCAGAAGUUCGAGAGCAUCGCGAGCGCUGAUGGGAGCCAAGCACGGGUGGUCAGCAGCGAGGGGGGCUUUGGAGACGGGCGCCAACGAAUACUGUGUCUCUUCCCGGUCAACGCUCGGGACGAGGUUAUCGCAUCCCUCGCCCUACGGGCGCGCCUGGCGAACACGUUCGAUGGUCCGAGCACGCCCGCAAACGCCACGUCCGGUGGAAAUACGUCCCUGCAGAUAGUGAGGCGUCUUCUCGAAGAAGCGAAAGAGGCAGACGCGAGGAUGGAGAUCGUGCGUGCGGCGGCGGAAAUUGUCCGGGCCGAUGUCGAUCAGCAUUCAGAUCUCAAGAAUUCCGGCAUCCGACGGCAAAAGCACAAGUACAGCGUGGAGUUGGCCGCACCCGUGAAACCAGUGCGAGAUGCCCUAGCUGAGAUGCCCCCGACAUUGGUUGGACUCUUCCAAGGUUCGACGAACAUGCCCCUGUACCCCAAGAUUACCGAUAUAGGGAAUGAGGAUCCCGGCCGGGGCUGGGCGUGGGAUGAAAUAAAAACAGACGGUCCACAGCCAAGCGCAGCGGGGAGUGUACGGCGAGAGGAUGAUGGGAGCGAUGGAGCCGACGCGCUUGAAGGAGCCGCCUGUGAGCGGCAAGCCCCCACUCGCGAUGCCACCCGGGCAGAGGAGGUGGAUUCUGCUGGGCCGACUUCCGAGGCAGCUGCCAUUUCCAUCGAAAAAACCAACCAGGAUAGGCGAGGCUUCGCACGGCGUUUGUACAUGCCUUGCAAGUGCACGGUGAAGGCGAUUUUUCCUGGUCGAGACUUGACAGCGGCGGACAUCAAAGGUGCUCAGUGGGCGAAGUCAAAGGGGACCUGCCGGCAGGAUAUCGACUUUGUAGCAGGGCACGGCUGGUGGGCUACGACUUCACAAGUGCAANGAGGCUUCGCACGGCGUUUGUACAUGCUUUGCAAGUGCACGGUGAAGGCGGUUUUUCCUGGUCGAGACUUGACAGCGGCGGACAUCAAAGGUGCUCAGUGGGCGAAGUCAAAGGGGACCUGCCGGCAGGAUAUCGACUUUGUAGCAGGGCACGGCUGGUGGGCUACGACUUCACAAGUGCAACAUCGAGAGGACUAUCAUGCGAACGUCGUUGAGGACAAGGACAUUCUCCCCAAGGGGGCCCAAUGUGCGGCGAUUGCAAACGACAACUGCGAUCACGACCCGCGGGUCGGUGAGCGCCAGGGGGAAGGACCGCAUAAUAUUUCGUUCAUAGCCGCAACAGCUGUGACGGUGGGGUACGAUGUGGGUAGGAUGCAAGACGCCGCUUCGCUCAGGAGACGCAGAUCUCAUACGGUGGAUCAGAUUACAAAGGGGCUGGACCAAGCGGAGGGAGACCGGCGGUUCAAGGAUUUCGAGCGGACACUUCGCCGCGCCGCCGUCGACAGUGUGUUGAGCAGCUCAAGUGAGGACAGCCCUUGGGCAUGCGUCGAAUCUGAACUCCGCAAGGUUUAA